GGGCUCACGACAGAUGCCGAAACCCACCGAGUAAAGCCGAGUGAUGAGGAUCAGCUGACUGCAGGGCUCUGUCGUCCUUCGAUGGAACAUUUCCAGUUUAUUUAGUGAUUUAAAAAUCAAACCACGUUCUGAUUAAUCGCUCACACCGACGCCGAGAGCCGACAUGCCGUCGCUUCUGUUCUGCGGACCGAAGAUGGCCGCGUGCGGGAUCGUGAUCAGCAUCUGGGGGGUCAUAAUGCUGGCGAUGCUGGGAAUCUUCUUCAGCGCCAAGUCAGCGGUGUUGAUCGAGGACGUCCCGUUCACUGAGGAGGACAUCCGCGGAGAUAAAAACCCUCCUCAGAACAUCUACAGUCUCUACAACCAGGUCGGCAUCAACUGCUUCAUCGCUGCCGCCGUCUACGUGGCGGUGGGCGCCGUGUCGCUCUGCCAGGUACGGCUGAACAAACGCCAGGAGUACAUGGUCACAUAAAGCUGCGGCGCUGGUGACACCAGCAGCUGGAGGUCAGCGUUACUUCCUGUACAGCGAACCAGUGGAGUGUUUUACAUGUUUUACAUGUUUCUGAAUAAUUUAUUUUAGAGUUGAACCUUUAAUGUGUUUGUUGUCUGGUGUAAUGUUUGUUGUUGUCGGAUGAAAUUUGACAUCAUUCCUUGGAGCAGGUUAUUCUUGCUGCCUUCUUCCUCUUCCUGUGUGCCACAUGGAUUUGUCACUGAAUUGGAUUUACAUUCACAGAGUAAGAAAUACACGAAUCAAGUAAAGUCAAAUGUAAGAUUCUCCGUCAGCUGAGGGAUUCCUCACAAGCUGCUCUGUUAUUCCCACUCUCUGAUCUUUAUUCCUGCUGAAACAAACACAUCAAGAUCCGUGAAACUCCAGUUGUUAAGUAAAAUAUUUUGGCUGUUUGUGAUGCUUCUGUGGUGAAUAGCCUUGCAAUAAAGUGUGUGUGAAAACUAAAA